UUUCAAAACCAAGCACCGAUCCAACAUUUUUAACAAGCAGAGGUAUAUAGCAGUGUACAUAAAGUCUUAUAAAAACUUAUUUAAGUCAUUCAGAAUUGCACGCAAAAUGGGAAGAGUUAUAUUGCAAGUUUGUCUUGUGCUUUUUAGUUCAAGAUACGUUAAUUGCGAUGUAGUGGAGAAUAUAGUAUUUCCGAAUACUGUGCAAGAUUGUUAUGACAAGGGAUCGAAGCAACCAGUCAACCUUACUUUGGUAAAAGAGGCCUGCUGGCGUGUAUAUCUUGAAGACAUAAAUACACAUCCUAUAUUAAGCGACGAAGACAAGGACUUUUUUAAGACUGAAUACGAAAUACCAAAGUACGGCUAUCACGACCCACCAACCGGACUCCGAACACGGUACGAUAUCCGAGUUCUAACAGAUCAACAGCGGAAGGAUGUCUUUGAUGCGUUUAAAGUCCUUUAUCAGAACGGAAUAUUGCGCAGAUUUGGCCUAAUGCACGGAGUUGAUACCACACGAAAACACAGAGGAAGGGCUUUUUUACCUUGGCAUCGCGUCUUUAUAACUGCAUUCGAGGAACAGCUAAGAAAGGUCAACCCCAAUGUAUCGUUGCCAUACUGGGACUAUACGACUGAUUAUUAUAUGGCCUCACCGUAUAAAUCAGUGAUAUGGACCGAUUGCUUUGUGGGAAAUGGGUUUGGAAGCAUUACAAGUGGUCCGUUUGCCGGUUGGUAUGGAGGGAAUAAUGUGCAAAUCGAGCGAUCAACAUCGCAAGGUGAACAACCUUGUCCACCAAAUCUCAUCAGUAAAGCAGACAUAGCUGGAAUGCUACUUAAUUGCCAUUUUGAGGACAUUACAACUGGCACUGAGUCACCCUUCAGCAACAAAGAUAAUCUAGAAAUCCAUCACGACGGCGUCCAUGAUUGGGUAGGAGGUGAUAUGGAUACAAUAAGAAUUGCCGCAUUUGAUCCAAUUUUCUGGAUGCACCACGCCUUUAUUGAUUACAUUUGGGAACAGUUCAGAGAACGACAAGGCAGUAAAGAGUGCAAUGUAAGCGUUGAAACUGACUAUCCAAAGACGAAUCUGUCCAGGUUCAACAAUUCCCUUAAUGCUGCUACGGACCCACUUCAGGGAUUUGAGUAUAUGCAAAUAAAAGAUGGCCUUUGGAAAAACUGGACCACAAAAUUCUUCAAUUACGAGCCGCAGCCACAGUGCCCGGAUUGCGGAGGCUCUUCGUUUCUUAAAUGCGACAAAGAUAUUGAUAACAAAAGAUUCCCAAAUGGAGUAUGUGUGAGCAAGGAUUGGAAUGCUUGUCAUUCUGUCCAUGAGGUCGAUAAAGUAUCACAUUAUAUUUCAGCGAAGAUUGAUUCAGAAGGCUUUCCUGGUAUUGGAAGGACAAGGGUGAACUCGGAUGAGGAGAAUCUUAAACUGCUCAAGAAGGAAAUAGCGAUGGGAACAAAGGAAGAAGAUGAUGAUGGUGAUGACGAUUUCUCUAUCUGGAAAAUUGCUGUGAUCGUGGUAUGCAGUCUACUGGCCAUGAACAUUAUAGGCGUUGUGGUCUACUGCUGCGUUAACAAACGCAAACACGACGCUCGAGAUGUGGCACAAGAAUUAAGCUCGAGUCAAUUCCCUGGGUAGAAUUUUGUUUUCUAGGACAGCAUCUUCAAACAAUGUGUGUUGGUGAUUUGUUCAGAGAGAAGGAAGAUGCACACCAAGGAAAAACAAAAUCUAACGAUGUUUUAUACAAUAUGUUUUGCUCUUAUGUAAUUAUGCCAUUUUUGGUCAGGUUUCCUCUCUCAGACACCCGUAUUCCUGAAUAACUGAACCAGUGACACUUUCUUUCCAAAUGAGAUUACUUAACCUAAUUUUAGAAAAAGAGUUGUAUUAUUUGUACUGACUAUGAAUUAUUAAAGUUUGACAUUCCAAUACAUGCUUAACUAAAGAUGUUUCUUGACAUUUAUCUACACUGCUGGUACACUAUCCGAACUUUAUUGUUUCUUUAAAUCAAUGCACCAUAGAUAAAGGCAGUUUAAACAUAUAGCAUAUGUGUACAUAUUUGUAUUUUUGCAAUCAUUAAUGAGGUUCAUGUAUUUGAGUGAUGUGUAAAUGUAUGAAAGUUAUCCUUCCUUGAGUGUGACCCUUUCAAACAUUUUAAUCUGUUUUGCCAUUUUGAUAUUCGGUGAUUGGAGAUUCAAGUUUCUUCGGUUUAUAUAUGUUCUAAUUCACACAAAACAAGACGUUAUUUUGUAUAUGUAUUAGGAAUGGCAACGAUUACCCGAGUACUCGAACAAUCAACCGAGUACCCGAGUACCAAAUCACUACUUCCGAGUACUCAUAAAAUUCACCAAAUACAUGAUUUACAGACGUAAGUAUCAGAUCUGGCGCGUUUCCAAUAAGACAAUUAAUUCGUUUAUUUAUAGUAUUGUUUACAGAAAAUAGAAAAGAGGUGGCUUUCUCCUCAAUUCUAUUCUAUUAUAUGUGUACGUUGUAAAUGUAUAUUUGUUAUAAAAAAUAAAUACUGUUUAAACCAAGACAAUUUACGUCUAAUCCCCGCUGUAUACACAAUAGACCCUAAUAAAUUAAUUGACAGGUGCUGUGAGAGUUGCAAACUGUCAACAAAUGGCCCUAAUUCGCAAACAACACUGAUGUCAAUUAACGAAGUUUUGGUAGCGGUACAACGCCUACAGAAUUGUAUUGUAAACCAAAACGGCCAUUUUUACGACCAACGCAUAACGUACAUGAACGAUACAUGUAAACACGAACUUGUCUUUCCCGAAUACCAAUUCAAGUUAUCUGAGUAAUAGAGAACUCGAUCGGAAGAUUGUCUGAGUACAUGAGUACCAAUUUUACUGCUCGUUGCCAUCCCUUAAUUGUGUAUAUAUCGUUCACAGAUGUUUAACUAAUCUUAAUAAAGUUCAUAUCAACCAUG